GAAUGGCAGUAUCAUGAUAGAAUGUUAUGACAUCAUGACUUGUGGCCAAACAUCUGAUAGUCACAACAGGCAGCCAGUCCAAAACAUUGUGACAUCAUUGCACCAAUAUUCUACUCAGGCCCCAGAGGGUAAAGUGAAGGCCACUUUAUAUCAAACAGACCUGAGCUGGACAUCAUACUUACUUACUGGAAGUGCAACACGUGAAGGCUCAAGACUGCCUAUAACAGCAGUCACAAUUCAAUAGAUGAGUUCCACUUUGAGACAAUGGAAGCCAGGUGGGAUGAUGCAGAGCACCCAGAGGGCCGACUACAGGCCCUACACGGAGGCUUCACUGCAGGUCUACCAGUUCCGCUGCCUGCCCAAGAAAAAGCCCAGCUUCCACUCCACUCCCCCGCCUAAGAUAAAUGAGGAGACCUGGGCCAGGUACCGCAAGUACUGCUACCGGACUACAAACAGUAUGUAUGGAGACUCCUCUUUCACUCAGAAGGGGAAGUCCCUGGUGGUCUCUGUACUGGAGAAAGACCCUAAGCCUGUGCCUGCUGAGGCCAAAAAGGACCAAGGGACCCUCUCAACUGUGAACGAGAGGCCCUCUGCCACUCCCCCUCAAACGGAGUGCCAGGACACCCCUCUGCUCCCUGCCAAGGGGAGCAAAUUGACUGCUGGGUCCUCCCCUCCCGCCGCCUCCACCACCAGCUCGACUGCCAGCCCCCCAUUAGCAUCAGCCUCCGCGCCCACCCGCACCUCCUCUUCAGCCAAGCUUUCCCUCAGCCCCACCGUCAAAGAGGCAUGGAGGUCAGACAUCACUGUCGCAAAGGAAACGGCACCAGUUGCCAAGGACACCAUGAAGGCCACGGACAAGCUGCCACAAAUUGGCAGUGGAGAAGGUGCUGUGGUGCAGCCUCAGGAAGUCGAGGACAAGCCCGAGCUCACCACCUAUGAGGAGUUCCUACGGGAGGCGCGCGCCAUAGACCAGCAGCAGCGUCUGCUUAAUCAGCGCUGCGCUUCACUGACCACCUACACCCUCAGAGGGACUCCUCCAGAGUACACCAGCUACAGGCAGAGCUUCCUCAGCCUCCAGCAGGACGACAACAAGCCCAUUCUCGAAGCUCCCUAACCCCGAAAAAAAACACAGGCAUCUGAACUUUGUGACGGAGUAUGCGGAUAAGUUUGGAUUCCUGCAGCGGGUGUUUCCUCCGAGUACCUGCAAAAACUUCACCCCUGCCAAGGUGACACGUCCAUGGGUAGCCAUCCAACACACGGCAGCACCACGAAGGACCAUGUGCUCUGAAUACAUGUCUAGCUACUGCCACCCACGCGCCAUGUCCAGGCCAAAGACAUGCUGAAUCAUGAGACGCUUCACCUAGAUGCUGAUGGACCUUUUUCACAACCAUCACCACUGCCAUCAUCUUCAGAACAGACAAGACUAUUUUAAGUUUCAGCGAUGUAUUUUACAUAAAUAAAAUGUAAUCUAGGCCUCUCAACUUGGAAUGUCAUUCAACUUCAACUGUCGAGCACUGCAAUUUAUAUUUAUAGUUUACACUUCAUCAAUCAAUCAAUCAGCGGUGUUGUUCAUCAGCAGUGAAAACACACCCAACAGUUUGAUCCGCUGAGGGGCAUGACAUUGGGCCAUUGGCCAAUCCCUUUACCCCGAUGCAGCUGUUCAAAGUAAACUUUCCAAUCAACUCAAACAAGUACUGUUUAGUCGCUAAUUAAGAUUCCUGGCGCGCUGCCGAGAUGGGGAAAUGGCCUCUGGGGAAGUUUCAUAUUAUGGACUGAUGUCCUGGAAUAACAACAGCGGAGUGCUCCGGGCCCGGACCUGCGUGCAUCAGGAGGUGUCUGGAGGAGGAGGCCGAGGGGUUUUCCGGCCAGAAUGGCAUCACAGUCUGAGCACUCGAAGCUGGAGCGUUCUUGGAGAUCGGGGCGAUGCUGGUUUUCCGGAGCGGUGCUCUUCACUCGUCGUAUUCUAACGAAACCUUUCCUGCUGCAGUCUUCACAACCGGACGUGCAAGAUCGUUCAUCUGUGUGUGAUAUCACUGCAGCAAAUUGGCCAAAAUAAGCAACAACUUCUCUACGAUACUUAAAACAUUAAAGGUCACCUUGUCAGAAACUCCACAUAGAAUAAAUAAGGUACAUUCAUGCCACUCUCCUUUUACUCUCUUUGGAGGUUACUAAAAAGGUAUACAAAGAAAACACAUGUAGUUAUUACAUACACUGCAUAGCUAUCAGAAAAUAGAAUAGCACUGAACAUGUACCAAAAGCAUGACAAACAGGACAGGUUAAAUGUUGAUAAUGCCAAAACCAUUUAUCAAUUGGAUUUAUGACUUGUAUUGUAGUAUACCUUGUAUAAUUAGGCAAUGGUCAAUCAGACUGGUGUAGUAUUAAGGACUUGACACAGUAAGUGAACUCCUAUGGAGUUCAAAAGGAUUAUUGUUUGUGGUUCGAUUUAUCCAAACAUUCAAUACUGUAUUAAGUUUAAGUCAUUACCUCGCUUCUGUGACAACAAAGACUAACCUGGUCUUUGAUCCUGUAUUUGACUUGAUAUGCUGUACAGACUCUUCAAGAGACAAGUAAUAAAACAAAAAUGACGAUACAAA